AGGUCCUGCAUCAGACGGUCGGUUGACACAGAAAACGGUGGAGAGAGACGGACCUGGUGCUCCCGGUCCGGCUGCUCCAAAUGUCCCCGGACACCGAGAGACAAGUCGGACAGGAAGCGCGGACAGCGGUGCGGCGACUCGGGGGACUUACCGGGAACAUGGCGGCAGUAACGACAACGACCUGCUCGGUCCCGUUGCUUCGAUAAACCGAAGGUACGACGUGACGUAACGGACGAGCAUCACUUCACGAGGUCAGCAAAUAACAGCACAACACCUGAGAGGAGAUGAGAAGAAACCUGAAGGCAGCAGCUUGUUUCUAAGCAACGACGACGUGUGAUCGUGCACACCAUGGGCUACAAGAUUCCCGGGGCGGCGAUGGAUCGAGUCAGCCUGCUGUGGCGUCUGAGGCGUCGCGCCCGCCGCGGAGCUGUCUGCAUGGCCCUCUUCUGCAUCUCCAUGGCUCUUCUCUACGCCAUCUGCGCUGAAAACAGCGUGCCUGUCACCGAUGCCAUCUUUGGUGUGCGAGCACGAACCAGGGCUCAGCCUCGUGCACACUCAGUCAUCAAGGUGCUUCGGGGAGGAGCCAAAUCCAUGUACAUUGACCCUCAGAAGCUACCAGGUGUCAUUCCAGGUGACCCUCACCGCCCAAUCCCUGUCCUCUCCUCAUUGAACCGCACCAUCGAGGACUUGGAUUCUCCACCAAAGCGAGCAGCAAAAGCGAGAGAGACCUCUGGGUUUUUUGCUCGCAUGCUGCCACGACCCUUCACACGGGCGCUGGAGACCCUUUUCGGAAGACGACGGAAGGGGGAGCUUAGUGGCAAAUCGGGGGACGCUGAGUUCUUCGGGCCUCACGGGCUUUUGGGAGAGGUGUGGAACGAUGAGAUGUCCAGCAACAUGCUGGGCAGCAGAAUGAAGAAGGUGGUUCAGAACUACCAAGCGAUGAAUAAAUAUGGAGUAAAGUUCUCCGGCCCCGGUGGUGUCUCUGGCAGGCCAAAGCUAACUGGUCCUGAGCUUCUGUGCCAGCUUAAGAAAAUGGUAAAAGUCACAACUUUGACCUCAGAUCUCGAGCCUUUCUCGUCUUUGCCCUUGGCCACCCAGCUGCCAGUGAAUCAGCUGACCUCUGACCUCGGGCCAUACAAGAGCUGCGCAGUGGUGUCAUCAGCUGGAUCGCUUCGCAACUCUGGACGGGGAAAAGAGAUAGAUGCUCAUGAUGCAGUGGUGCGGUUCAACGGUGCACCAACCAACGGGUUUGAGAAAGACGUCGGGUCUAAAACGACAGUCCGCCUCAUCAAUUCACAGGUGAUGGCAACAGAUGAACAUCGCUUCUUGUCCAAUUCUUUGUACAGCUCAGGUGUUCUGGUGGCGUGGGACCCCGCCCCUUUCUCUUCUGAUCUCUCACAGUGGUACAACCGGACAGAUUACCCCAUCUUCACGCAGUACCAGAGGUACAGGAGGCUUCACCCGCAGCAGCCGUUCUACAUCCUGCACCCACGCUUUGAGUGGCAGCUCUGGCAGCGAAUACAGGACAACAUGGCUGAGCCCAUUCAGAAGAACCCGCCUUCUUCCGGCCUCCUCGGAAUCGUCCUCAUGAUGUCGCUGUGUGAGGUGGUGCACGUGUACGAGUUCCUGCCGUCUCGCAGGAAGACGGAGCUCUGCCACUACUACCAGCGCUUCUUCGACGCCGCCUGCACGCUCGGCGCCUACCACCCCUUACUGUACGAGAAGAACCUGGUGAAACGCAUGAACCUGGGCUCUGACCGUGAAAUCUACAUGGACGGACGGGUCACGCUUCCUGGGUUCAGCACGAUGAACUGCACGACCGAUGGAGCGCCUGAGCUCUAACACGCCCACAAUACAGAACUAAACCCUGCAUGAAGAGCAAAGACAGAUGCAUGAAGUCCUCACACUCACUGCCAACCCACAUACACACUGUCAGUACCACACGCUGUAAACCUUUUCAUCGUAGCACUGGAGUUCAGUUAGCUUUCAGCUGAGCCCAAAACUCCUGGAAAUAUCAUUAGAUACCAUGCAAGUACUUAAAUAUACUAACAAAGUAUAAAAGUCCUCAUUUUUUAAAGCCAUGCUUUUAUUUUGAAAACGUUAUACUUAACAUUUCUGCCAAACAUUAACUUAAGCACUUAAGGUUUAAGGAAACAAACUGACAUUAGUGUAGAAAACAGAUUUUUUUUUUUAAUAUAUAAAUACAAAAUAUGUUUUGUCUGCAAGAAUUGCCAAUUUUGAGUUUGAUUUACAAUCUUGAAGACUUCAGAAAACAUCAGUUUCCACUUAAAAUAAAUAAAUAUUACAAGUAAAGGGACGUUCAUCGUAAACUGAAUAGAUCUAAGCCUAGGGAGUGGUGGUGCAGAGGUUAGAGAAGAUGGGCCUGUGAUCGGAAGCUCGUCGGUUCAACUCCUCGGACAGACAACGUCAAAAUGUGGGUGGGAAAGGUGAAACACCCACAUCUGCCUCCACCCUCAUUUCCCUC